AUGACCGUUUCAGACAUGAACCAUGCUAAAAUAACUGUUGUCACAAAUGACAACAUCACUGCAUCCAAUAUCACAUUAGCCUUCUCCCCUUCAUUUGAUUCUUUGCUUGCCGCUUUAUAUCCAAUAGAAGUCACAUAUUCAUUCACAAAUGUAAUUGAAAUUGGAUGUAAUAAAUACAUGCUAAAUGAAAUUUUUCCACAAAAGCGUAAAAAAUUACAAGAAAAUGCAUUUACAAAAGAGCCAUUUCGGGAAAUUAGGGCAAAAAAAAUUAGCAUUCCAUCAAGUAAACCGCCAAAUUUUCUUUCUAAAAUUAUUUCAUUGGUGCGAGGUACGCCCGGCGGAACCGCAGGUGCAAUUUGCAAUUCUACCGAUGACUGCAAUGGUGGAUUAACUUGUACUAGAAAAAGUUGUCUUCCUCCUUCUUGUUCUCCGAACUGUGGACCUGAUGAUCCUUGCAGUUCUGAUGACGACUGUAAAUCACCUACAACAAUUUCUCAUCCAAAUAUGAUAAAACGUAAAAAUAGAGUAUAUUUGUAG